UGGCAGUGGCUUGUCGUUCCAGUAAGUCCAGGGCUUCUAGCGCUUUUUACAUGUAAUAGAACUAUGGCUUCCAAGGCUAGUGAUUUACAAAAGCGUUCAGACAACAUUAUAGAUUCAUAUUCUACUGAACUUUUCGAGCUCAGCCACAAAAUCUGGCAAAAACCAGAAUUGGCUUACGAAGAGCAUCACGCUCACGAAUUGCUCACUACUUACCUCGAGUCAAAGAGAUUCAAAGUGGAGCGUCAUUAUGGCUUAAAGACUGGAUUUAAGGCUGAAAGUGGCUCAAAUAAUGGUCCUACUGUAGCUAUACUGUGUGAAUACGAUGCUUUACCCGAAAUUGGACAUGGAUGUGGACACAAUUUGAUCGCCGAGUCAGGUAUUGCAGCCGGUCUAGGAAUUAAGGAGGCUCUUGAGGGAUCCUCUCUAGGUAGAGUGGUUGUCAUGGGAACGCCAGCUGAGGAAGGAAAUGGAGGGAAAAUUGACAUGAUUAGAGCGGGGUGUUUCAAGGACGUAGAUUUUUGUCUCAUGCUCCACCCUGCGCCUUUUAAUGUAGCAUUUUACAAGUGUCAAACGAGGACUGAGGUGAUUGUUACAUAUCAUGGCAAGUCUACACACGCCGUUGGUGUAUCACACAAAGCUAUUAACGCACUGGAUGCUGCAGUCCUCGCUUACAACAACAUCAGUGUUCUUCGUCAGCAGAUCAAGCCAACAUGGUCUGUUCAUGGGAUAUUUACUGAUGCUGGCAAGAAACCCAAUGUGAUCCCAGAUCGAGCACAGCUCCAGUACUACAUCCGCACCACUACUAACAGAGAUGCUGAUGUAUUUAAAACUAAAAUCCAAGCUUGUUUUGAAGGAGCUGCAUUGGCUACUGGUUGUACUGUUGACAUCAACUGGCUUCCUAACUCCUUUGCUGCCAUAGAAACCAACAGUGUACUGGCGAAUCUUUACCAGAAGCAUGCAGAAUCUUUAGGAGAAACGUUCAUGAGCCGAGAAGAACAAGAAUCAGUUAUCGAUGGAUCUACUGACAUGGGGAAUGUAAGUUUAGAGGUGCCAGGAAUCCACCCUCUUUAUUGCAUAGAAGAAGGGAUACCUUACCAUUCUCAUGAGUUUCGAGUGAGUGCAGAAACCCAAGUAGCACACAAAAAAACACUGAAGGCUGCUAAGGCCAUCGCAAGGACAGCCUUGGAUGUGUUCUGUGAACCUCAGCUGCUGGAAGAUGCCAGGAAGGAAUUCAAGAUCAUGAAACAAAACUAUGAAUAAGUGAAACAUUCAGGUACUGCUUAUAAACAUUAACAAGGCUUAUUAUAACAASUGUAAGGCACCCCUUGAAAUAGACUCCUUCACAGUUACCUGUGCCAUCCUGAAUAGUAGCAGUGGAUCAAAGUGAGACAAACAGUGAGCUUGCAAUGAUAGAGUCGUGAAUAAUUGUUCAAGGUGUUAAAAAAAAGGUCUCUAUCUUUGCAAGCUCUUCGUUUGUCUCGCUUUAAUGCAAAGGCACGUCUACCUUUCAAGAUGGUGCAAGGAAGUGUAAAGAUGACUAUUGGAGGGGAGGGUUUUUUAAACACAUGCAAUAUUUAGAAUACUAUAAGUGUACAUGGCUGCAUGGGCGUGAUUUUGGGAAGGGGUCCCCCCUUUUCAAGGUUUCUGUAUUUCGCAGAGCAUCCUUUAAAAAGGGAAGGUGAGGGGUAUUUUAAAAUUAAGUAUUUAAAUAGCCUGCUUUGCAGAUGCGAUGAUUUACGCUCGGUGAUCUUGCCAAAUCAAUAAAAUAGAAUCUGCAAAGAAGGCUAAUAUUUAGAAUACUGGAAGUGUGAGUGUGUCAGUGUUUUUUUGGGGGGAGAGGUCCCUCACUUUCCAUUCUUCCUGUAUUUUAUCAUAUAUCUUAGUAUCUUACAAAAUGAAAGGGCAAAGAUUAAGUUCAUUGCAUAGAUAUUGUAUGGUUAGUUUGGUUUUUUAUUGGGAUGUUCUUCACCAUUUACAAAAAAUUCUUGAUCGGUUUAAAGUGCCUAUAACACGUAACUUUAAAAAUUUUUCAUUCUACAUGAAGGGAAUAGUUGAAUGGUAAAACUUUCAUAUGAUUUGAGUAAUGCAUCUUGGAGAUAUCAAGGUUUAUACUUCCAAUAUGUUAAUGAAUGUGAUGUCAUUAUUGGCAUUAUUGAAUUUACAAAGCUUUUCUGGGGCAGUAAAAAAUCCUGUAUAAAACAUCAUCGUCUCUGUCUUAGAGUUUAUAGAAAGUUCAUUACAAAUUCGUUUUCUCAUAAUAAUCAGCGUUUUGAUUUACAAAUGAUGACAGAUAAAUUCGAAUUCCUAUAAUGACGUCACACUAAUUAGCAUAUUGGAAGUAUUACACUUGAUAUCUUCCAGUUGCAUCAUUUAAAUCAUAUGAAAGUUUUACCAUUCAACUAUUCACUUAACUGUACAAUAAAUACUAAAAAUAUUGAGUUAGGUGUUAUAGGCACUUAAAAAAAUGGUACAUAUGAUUAAGAUGACGUUAUACGUUGAUCUUUUUCCUAAAAGUUAAACAAAACCUAACCUAACAAAACAGUUGCUUUAUCAUGAGGCAAUCCACAAAAAUCACUGAGAUUUCGGAUGGCGAAGUCUUAUUGUUGUCGUUUGAAUCCCGUAUUAUCUUACGUCUCUCAUAUUCGUUCAAACAAAUCAGAAAAGGUAUGAAAAAUUACGAUUAUAUAUAGCAAUCUGUAUACUUAGUUGGCUUAAAAAUAAUUGAUGAAAUCAUUUAUAAAAAGUCUGAAUAAGAUGAAAUUUGUACGAAAAUUAAAUUUAUUUUUGAUAA